CUCCACGAACUUAACCAGAGCCUUACAGCUCCUCGCCGCAAUUGCUGUCGAAUUCUGCUAAAAUUCAAUUGGAACCCUUUUGGAAUGUGACUCCUUCUUCAACAGGUGGAAUAUAAUUACUUACACCGAUUUUAUAGUUGAAAAAGCGGAAGUUUUGCUACUGCGUUCGAAACUAAUUAAAAUCUGAUUCUGAAAUAAGAACCUAUGUACGAUUUAAAUUCUAAGAAGGGAAUAUCACCGAAUUUGUAAUUAAGGCUUGUGACGGUUUGUUAUUGUUCUCUUGUCGAAAAAUGGCAAUUGACCCUUAUUUGAGUGAUGACGAUUGGGACGACAUUGAUGAGGAAGCUGUCCAACAAAUAGAAGACACCUAUCAGAAUACACAAAACAUAUUAAAAAAUGGAGAAUCUAUUGAUGAAUUUAUGAAUCGGAAUGUCACAGAGGAUAAUAUCACUUUACAGCACCAAUUGGACACAGAGGCAGCAAAGACCUGGAUUUAUCCAAUCAAUAUUGAACUCCGUGAUUAUCAGUUCAACAUUGUUAAAAAAGCUCUGACUCAAAAUGUACUAGUCGCACUGCCGACAGGUUUGGGAAAGACAUUCAUUGCAGCGGUGCUGAUGAUGAACUAUCUUCGUUGGUUUCCCCAAAGUUAUGUCGUUUUUCUGGCGCCAACGAAACCUCUUGUAACCCAGCAAAUGGAAGCAUGCUAUAAGAUAGCUGGAAUCCCAAAAUCGUGUACUGCUGAAUUGAGUGGUCAAGUUCCUGUUGCUACUCGAGCAGAAUUAUACAAGGAGAAAAAGGUGUUCUUUUUAACCCCACAGACGUUGCAAAAUGAUCUGAAACGUGGUAUAUGUGACAGAAUGAAAAUAUCAUGUCUUGUUGUUGAUGAGGCUCAUCGCAGCUUGGGUAACUAUUCUUAUGUCGAGGUUGUUCGAUUAAUUUAUAUGGGCAAUAGGAACUUUCGCGUGCUAGCAUUGACUGCGACACCGGGAUCAAAGAUUGACACAGUACAGAGUAUUGUGGACUCUCUUCACAUCUCAUGUAUCGAAAUUCGCAAUGAAAACAGUAUUGAUAUUGCCCAAUAUGUCUACAAAAAGAAUGUCGAUUGCUAUCCCGUUGAUUUAAACCCCCUACUCUGCGACAUUCGUGAUCGAUACUGCGAGUUAUUGGAGCCUUUCUUUACCAAACUCACAAAAGGUAAUCUUUAUUGGGUUAGAGAUAUUAAAGACAUUACCGCUUUUACUUUAUUGCAAGCGAAACAAAAAUUUCUUGCUACCGCAGGACAAAGCUACACGAAUAACCAGAGGUGGGAUGUUCUUAACACUUUUGAUGCUUUAGUAACCUUCGCUUAUCCAUUAGGUCUAUUAUUGUACCAUGGUAUCACACCUUUCUACUCCAAGUUGAAGGAAAUACAAGAGGAAUGCUCGAAAGGAAGAGCCGGGUAUAAGAAGCGAGUUCUCCAUGAUCAAAAAUUCAUUGAUUUAAUGAGUGAAAUGAGUUGCUACAUUUCACAGCCUGAUUUCUUAGGGCAUCCAAAACUGGAGCAUUUGCAAGAAAUUGUGUUGAAUCAUUUUGGAGAAAAUAAAGAUACUCGUAUCAUGGUGUUUGCCGAAAUUCGAUCUAGCGCAGAAGAAAUUCAUCGUCUGCUUUCAAGAAAUUCACCGACUGUUCGCUCUGCCAUUUUCGUGGGUCAAUCUGCAAAGAAGGCUGGAGGUAUGUCUCAAAAGUUACAAAAUGAGACUGUACAGAAGUUUCACGAAGGUGAAAUCAACACUCUAAUUGCAACAUCCAUUGGCGAAGAGGGUUUGGAUAUCGGCGAAGUCGAUCUAAUUAUUUGUUACGAUGCAUCUUCUUCACCUAUUCGUAUGCUUCAACGAAUGGGUCGUACAGGCAGAAAGCGUGAAGGAAAUGUGUCUAUGUUACUUACGAGGGGAAAAGAAGAAAACAAGUGGGCACGAGCCAAAGAUGCCUAUCGCGUUAUUCAAGAAAACGUGUCUAGUGGCAAUGGUAUCGUUCUUUCUGACAAAUCUUACCGAAUUCUUCCUAAACAAUAUAACCCUGAAUGUGUUAAGAAGGUGAUUGAGAUUCCUAAAGAGAACAUAGAAUCAAAAUCAGUAGAGAACAAAGUGGCUACAAGGCGCAACGGAAAGAAAACAAAGAAGAAGUUUUUUAUGCCAGAAAAUGCGCUUUUGGGUUUUAUUAAAGUAUCAUCUUUGGGGAAACGAAGCCAACCCGUUGAGGAAGAGGAGUUUUUGCUUGACGAAAAAGACGAUUGGACAGAACGGCAUCCAGACUUGUUCAAAAAAUAUCAACAGACUAGAAAGGAUCGGCAGAUGUAUUUGGAGACAGGGCCUGAUGUAUGGCUUAUUGGAGGGCGCACGGGGCGCAUUUCACAUUCAUCCAGCUACAAAGGAUUAAAGCAAACUAUACGCUCCAUACGAGGCAUCCGACCUAAUAUCAUAUGUAGUUGGAAUCGUUUACUGGACGACAUAAAACGUGAGGAGCGUGAAAGGAAGCACGGCAAGCUACCGGAAAUAAACCGCGGAACCGUAAAAGAGCUUUUAGGGAACGGCGCCUCAACAAUUGGUCAUCGCAGUAUUCAAAAACCGCAGUUAUUGCAGAAAGCUGCUUGGGAUAGCGACGAAGAACAGAAUGAUCUCCCAGACAUCAAGUUCUAGUAAGUAUUGCGUUUUGCUUUUCCUUUUGGGUUUAUUCACGCAAAACUAAAGCCAAGUCUGGAGGCGGAAUGAUGUUUCAAGCAAAUAGUCGUAACAUUCCAUUUGAGUUUUCGCUUUUUCCCAUGUUACUCCCCAUCCAAUGAUUCCACGUCCUCGUAUAAGCACUGCAUUGACGGAAGAGUUCAAUUGCGUUACUUGUUGAAUUGAUUUCAAGAUGUUGGCAACAUCACCAUUUUCAAUAACUGUCUCGUCAAUACUUGGCAAACUAAAUAUCUUGGGCAUACCUGGAACUCUUAACGUGUCAAAGCAGGACAAAUAACCAUCUUUGGGGGUACCUUUAGGAAUACCUUUAAUCAUUUCCUUGUCCGAGAUGACAAAUUCCUCAUCAGUAUUUGUGGAAAUAGCUACGGCAGCCUGUGAGGUUGAGUAAAUUAUGGCUACAGCCUCUUUCUCACUGAAACUGGUCAGUUCAUGGAGUUGUCGCAAUAUUUUACCGGAUAAGAUAUGCAAAAAUAGGUGCAAGUUCUACUUGUGUCGACUCGGGUUCUCUGAUUCCCGUUAGAAAUAAAGCAAAAAUAUGUCUGCAUACGAAAGACUUAUUAAAGCCAAAUCAUCGUUCGUGAGAAACUCUCGUUGAACUCGAUCUUUAGGGCAUAAAAAUUGAUCUCUACAGACGUAAGUGUCAGGGACAAGUGAAUGACAAUUUUAAAAUAAUAUAAUUCGGUUAUACCCAGACUUAAGACAAUAGGAUCCGCUAAGCAGUUAUGUUAGCACAUACUGGACUAUUCAUACUAAUUAGGAGUUCUAUUUGACAAACCUUCCAAAGCGCAUCCAACCUAACUCGUAAAAGUGUUUACAUAGUUGGAUGACCAAUUCUACGACACUGGAUAAGUCUUGCUGCAUUCUAUUUAUGAUAGGAAAAACUAAAGGCUAUGUAUGGAAGAAAAUGUUGUUUCAGAUUGAGGAUAAUUCAAGUGGUGAUUCGAUGAGAGACAACUCGCUAAAUAAAUAACUUAAUCAAGGUUAACAGGAAGCGAUCGAACAGAUGUGCCAAGUGAGAUAAACAGAAUAGUAGAAGAGUAAUCUCAGAUACAAACAACAUUAAAAACUGAUGAGAAUGUCUGCGCUCCAAGCAAACAUCUAAUUUAGGCGGACAAUAAUUAGUAUCUGUCAGUACAUUUUCGAGCAACAAUUAAUUCUUAAUGAACGUUUAAACUCAUAGUUGUUGCCAUGAACGUACGGCAAGUGAUACACGAAAUUAAACUCACAUAUAGGAUAACUAAAUGUAUAAAGUAGUAGUUUACUUGAUUAUUUAACAAAAUGGGAAUUUAAGAUUCACGAACGCGCCUCGGUUUGCCGGGUUCAGUCCAUACGAAGUGUUUCUGAGAUAUCCACAAUGAACCUUAUUACAAAGGAUGUUAAUCUCAUUUCGAGUGAUCACCCGCAAAGGUAAACUUCAAAACAUUUCUAGAGAAAAAAGUUUCCUCUCAUUCACUAAAACGUUAUUCCCAUUCCACAACGUUUUUAAAUGGACGAAACUCAUGGUCGAUUCGCUCAAACCGCUUUCACCUGAUGAUAAGCUCUACUUUAUACGUGCAGCCGUGUUGUUUAUGAACCAUAUUAACCUCAAGAAACCAAAAAACUUUUUAAGUGGUCUGCCAUAAAAGACCCAGAGCGCAAACCACGUAAUAUGCAAAGAAUUAGAAGUCUAGCACUUACUUCUUAACAAUGCAAACAACGUCCUCGUCCAUUAGAACAUGGUUCAAACCAACACGCAUACCGGGGUAUGGGACGCUUCUUCCCCAAACAUAGGCAUGCUUGAAUUGGGACUUAAUACUCGAGUGAAUGUUGUUACAGAAAUCCUCCACCGAACAAUGGCCCGAACGAAGAAUGACAGGCUCCGAGUAGUCUGGUUCAAGACCCUUAGGCCGAGUAUAAACUCGAGUCAAGUUCAGGUAUUCCCACCUGCGUGAGUUAGCAAUCAGUAAAAAACGGGCUAGUUUAUCCUGCAAAGCGUACGAACAAGGUCAGCGGUAUAACUUACAUCUUUUCUUUCAAUUCAUCAAUAUUCCAACCCUUGCUUCCGCAAAUGGGUACGGCGUUGGGAAUACGGUUAAUCAGCUCCAAUUCCUCUAAUGUAAUGGCAUCAAUUUUGUUAAGCACAUAAAGAGCGGGGAUAUAAACGCGGUUGCCCUCGAGAAUGUCAAUCAAAUCGUCAAUUGUAGC